UCCUUUAGACACCUUCAUGGUGCGUAGCUCUGAAAGAUGUCGCGUCUCGCUAGUGCCUUUUUCCUCUGUUCCAUCGUUAGUGCCUACUCAGUGCCUCUACCAAAUGCAACUGUGUUCACCUCAACUUACGCUAAAGUGGCUAAAUGGGGUACGGACACCCUGAAAUCUUCAGUCGGCGAGGGAAGAAGUGCUGGACAAACUUUUUUCACCCAAAGAUCGGACGCUAGUGUAAGAAGUGGACAAAAUAUAAAACCCAAAGAGGUAGUUUACCAUUACAGUAUGGCUUCGGAUUCUCGCGUUGGCGAAGACAAGAACGAGCAGCUUCCAGCUAGGGGUGAAGUGGUCAUCCAGGAUAGGUUUCAUCCACCCCCGUUUUUCAAUUACUUUGUUAAAAAUGGUCACGAACAUGAUCAUCAUCAGCAUUCUGAAUCUAAACCUUCGGUGGUUUACGCAUCCCCUGCCGAUCUACAAUCCGAUAAACCACCGAGCGUUGACGCUCAACCCUCCGUGGACAGCUAUAGUUCCCCACUUUCUUCAUACGGUCCUGUAGCUUCUGGUAUACCAAAGGACACAAAAACGCCUAUGAUGGAUUCUUUUGAUAACCCUAUAAACUCUUAUAAUCCACCACCCAGCGGACCUCCAGAUUCUAAACCAAAAUCGCCAGACUCCUUCCCGCCUAAUACUCCUUCAUUCUUAGAUUAUAAUCCUUCUAAGGGUAAACCGAAAUUUCCAGGAUAUGUAUAUGAUCCACCAAUUCCCGAUUCGCCUAUGCCAAGCGCUCCUUCCAUGCAGAAACCAGCAAAUAACAAACCAAAAUCUCCAAAUACUUUCCCGCCUAACACCCCCGCCUUCUUAGAUUAUGAUCCCUCUAAGGGAAAACCUAAAUUUCCAGGAUAUGUAUACGAUCCACCGAUUUCCGAUUCACCUAUGCCAAGCGCUCCUUCCAUGUCUAAACUGAAACCCCCAAGCAUGGCUAAAUUCCCAGGACCUUUAGCGCCUCCACCAGAUGAUGAUGAUUCUAAAAGUCACGAUUACAUGCCUCAACCCUCAGGUCCUGAUAUGGACCAAGGUCCUCCUAUCACACAAACAGUUUCACCACCCUCGGGUAGUGGUUACUACAAUUUUGAUCACGACCAUCACCACCAUCACCAUCAUCCUCAUAGCGAUGACGCUAAACCCGAUGAUAGCGACCUAUCACCGCCUCCAAGCGGACCACCAGCAUCAUUUCCAAAACACAUCCCCGAAUAUUUAGAUCACGACCCAUCAAAUGAUUACCAUUAUCAUCACGUUCCCUACAACUUCGAUCACCACCACCAUGUGUAUCACGAGGUGAAGACGACCACGACGGAGGCACCGGUUGAGGAUGAGAGAGUCAACAAAGGCCAUUACAGUUACUAUUAUUUGGGAAGGAAGCUGUGGUACAUCCCAUUGUAUUUCAGCGUAUACUUCAUUAUAUACAUCACGAUUCUCAUAUUGAAAUCCAUCGCCAGGCAUAAGGUCAACUUCGUGCACGAAUACGACAAGGGCAAAAGUCGCAGCUUCGAUACGACCAUUGAUGAUACGGAGAGGAACGUUACAACGGCUAUAAAUAAUUUUCAAAGAAGAUACCUUGCUAUGUAA